GCCGUACACCUUUCAGUUCUAAUAUGGCUCGAAGGGGAAGGGGUAGAUCGAGGAAUGAGGAACGACCACCACCUCUACCUCCUCCGCCUCCGCCUCCACCUCCACCUCCACCACCACCACAGGGGACAGAUGCAGUCAUGGCUAGGCUACUUGAAGUUAUGGUGGAUAUACAGCAAAAUCUUAGAAGUCAUACUGUUCCAGAUCAGCAUGUUGACCUAAGUGCUGGGCAGGAAUCUUCUAGUACUAUGGGAGCUCAUGCACCAGUUGUUAAUAAUCGAGAGGAUGACAUAUCUGAACCUUGGAAGGAAUUCUCUCGUUCUAAUCCGACCACAUAUGAUGGUAGUAUGCUUGAUGGGAAAGCUGAGGAGUGGUUGGAUCGGAUGGAGCAGUUAUUUACUGUUGUGAGGUGUACAUCUGAGCAGAGGGUUAUCUUGGCUACGAUGCAGCUUGUUGGUGAAGCCAAGCAUUGGUGGGAUUCUGUUAAGCCCACAGAUGGAAGAUCUAUGUCUUGGGCUGAAUUUAAAGAAAGAUUUUAUGAUUUUCACUUUCCGCCAGCUUUCAGAGAUGAGAAAGAGGCAGAGUUUCAUGCAUUUCAGCAGGGGGACUUAGACGAGGAGACUUUUAUAAGAAAAUUCAAUCAGCUGUCUAAGUUCUCAACAUAUCUGAAGGCUUCUAAUGAUAGCAAGUGGAAAGCAAAGAGGUUAUUAGAAAAGAUGAGGCCAGAAUACCGCCAGCAGCUAUCUUUGUUGGGCGAGGCGACAUAUGAUGAGAUGUGCAAUCGUCUGAGGAUUGCCGCUCGCCGAGGCCGAGACACAGAGAGUAGCCGGAGUAGGGAUACACGAGGUCGAUUUUCUUUUGGGUUGGCUCCUACUGGUGGUGUAUCCAAGAGAAUGGGUUUUAGCUCUGGUUCUUCUUCUAGUGGCUCCUUUAGAAUCGGGUCUUCUUCUGCUUCUGGUAAUCAAAAUUUAAAUAGGGGUUCAAGAUUUCAAGGUAAUCGGGGUGGUAAUAUGAGAUCUGGGGGUUCUCGUUUCUCUGGGAAUGCUCCAGCACGUUCUUCACAGACCAGUCAAGCCCCAAUUCUAAGCACAGCGAGGUCACCUUGCAAUAGAUGUGGUAGGGUUCAUUUUGGUCGCUGUUUUGCUUGCUACAAGUGUGGAAAGUUAGGCCAUUUGAUCCGUGACUGCCCUGAUUUACAUGAGAGCUCGGACCGGAGGAACGUGAUUCCUGGUAGAGUGUAUACAGUAUCUCAGGAGGAGGCUAGGAAGUCAUCGAAUCUAAUCACUGGUCCAGGCGAAGGAUCCAGUGGUGGACGGGGAAAGGAGCAAAGCUAGGGGUUUGCUUGUGAUUUGUAAAGAACUGCAACCCCUUUCUUUUGAGCAAAUAUAUUGUAAUGUAUUUAAGAUUAGGGUGCCAGUAGGAUAUGAUUAUGUAUGUGUGUGUGAAUAUGUGUGGAUUGUGUGCUUGUGUAUAAAUUUUUGUCUGUUUGCAGACUUGUGGCUAGGAAACUUGGUUAUGGUAUGUGGUUUUGAUGGAUUUACUUAGUAGACCAAGUUUCUAUUACAAGCAGAUCUUUGUUUUGAUAUAUAUGUGAUUUUAUAAGCAAAUGCAAAGUGGUUGCAUUGCAAAUGGUGUGCUAUGGGCAAACAUACACCUUGGAUAGAGAGAGUGGGUGCGUGGGCCCCACAAGGAGCUCUGAGCCAAGUGAAAAUGUUUAGCAUAUGUAUUUAUAUAAAUACAUGGUAUUUGGAUUGAUUUGUGA